AUGGCAGCCUCCCGCCUGGACUUCGGGGAGGUGGAAACUUUCCUGGAUAGGCACCCCGAGUUGUUUGAAGAUUACUUGAUGCGAAAAGGGAAGCAGGAGCUGGUGGACAAGUGGCUACAAAGGCACAGUUCGGGACAGGGGGCUUCAGGCCUGAGGCCUGCCCUGCCCGGCGCUGGCAGAGGCAGCACCGGCGUGGGUAGAGGUGCUGGACCACAGGGCUCUGCCAACAGCCGCCCCACGCCCGGUGGUGGGGAAAGUGCUGGGGUUCCCCUGAGUCCCAGUUGGGCCAGUGGCAGCCGGGGUGAUGGCAGCCUGCAGCGAAGAGCUUCGCAGAAAGAGCUGCGGAAGAGCUUUGCCCGCUCCAAAGCCAUCCACGUGAACAGGACCUACGAUGAACAGGUGACCUCGCGGGCCCAGGAGCCCCUGAGCAGUGUCCGGCGGAGAGCCCUGCUCAGGAAGGCCAGCUCCCUGCCUCCCACCACAGCCCACAUCCUCAGUGCCCUCCUGGAAUCCAGGGUGAACCUGCCUCAGUACCCCCCUACGGCCAUCGACUACAAAUGCCACCUCAAAAAGCAUAACGAGCGCCAGUUUUUCCUGGAGCUGGUUAAGGACAUCUCCAAUGACCUUGACCUCACCAGCCUAAGCUACAAGAUCCUCAUCUUUGUCUGUCUCAUGGUGGACGCUGACCGCUGCUCUCUCUUCUUAGUGGAGGGGGCGGCCCCUGGCAAGAAGACCUUGGUCUCCAAAUUUUUUGAUGUGCAUGCAGGAACCCCACUGCUCCCCUGCAGCAGCACAGAGAACUCAAACGAGGUGCAGGUCCCCUGGGGCAAAGGCAUCAUUGGCUAUGUCGGGGAACAUGGAGAAACAGUCAAUAUUCCUGAUGCCUACCAGGACCGCCGAUUCAAUGAUGAAAUUGACAAGCUAACUGGCUACAAGACAAAAUCACUCUUGUGCAUGCCUAUCCGGAACAGUGACAGUGAGAUAAUCGGUGUGGCCCAAGCGAUAAAUAAGAUUCCGGAGGGUGCUCCAUUUACAGAAGAUGACGAAAAAGCUAUGCAGAUGUACCUGCCCUUCUGCGGAAUUGCCAUAGCUAAUGCUCAGCUCUUCGCUGCCUCAAGGAAAGAAUACGAAAGGAGCAGGGCUUUGCUCGAGGUGGUCAAUGAUCUCUUUGAAGAACAGACUGACCUGGAAAAGAUUGUCAAGAAAAUAAUGCAUCGGGCCCAAACGCUGCUGAAAUGCGAACGCUGUUCGGUUUUACUUCUAGAAGACAUUGAAUCGCCAGCUGUCUCCAGGGUCUCCAGUUUCUCUCACGGCCGCACCAGCCCAGAGCAGCCCAUGCACGGAGGUAGGCGCACCUCACACCAGAAUCUCUUUGUGCUCCAAAGUGCAGAAAUGCGGGGGCUCGGGCCUGGCAUAUUUUGUUUCAAGGAAAGCAUGGAGAAAUCAUCUUACUCUGAUUGGCUGAUAAACAACAGCAUUGCCGAACUGGUUGCUUCGACGGGCCUUCCUGUGAACGUCAGCGAUGCCUACCAAGACCCGCGCUUUGACGUUGAGGCGGACCAGAUAUCUGGUUUUCACAUAAGAUCAGUUCUCUGUGUCCCUAUUUGGAACAGCAGCCACCAAAUAAUUGGGGUUGCUCAAGUGCUGAACAGACUUGAUGGGAAACCUUUUGAUGAUGCAGACCAACGGCUUUUUGAGGCUUUCGUCAUCUUUUGUGGCCUGGGUAUCAACAACACAAUUAUGUAUGAUCAAGUGAAGAAGUCCUGGGCGAAGCAGUCUGUGGCUCUUGAUGUGCUGUCCUACCACGCCACGUGUUCCAAGGCUGAAGUCGACAAGUUUAAGGCAGCCAACAUCCCCCUGGUGUCAGAGCUGGCCAUUGAUGACAUCCAUUUCGACGACUUUUCCCUUGAUGUUGACGCCAUGAUCACGGCUGCCCUCCGGAUGUUCAUGGAGCUGGGAAUGGUACAGAAAUUCAAGAUCGACUAUGAGACCCUGUGCAGGUGGCUUCUGACAGUAAGGAAAAACUAUCGGAUGGUUCUCUACCACAACUGGAGACAUGCCUUCAACGUAUGCCAACUGAUGUUCGCCAUGCUGACCACGGCUGGGUUUCAAGAGAUUCUGACCGAGGUGGAAAUUUUAGCAGUGAUUGUGGGAUGCCUGUGUCAUGACCUCGACCACAGGGGAACCAACAAUGCCUUCCAAGCUAAGAGUGACUCAGCACUGGCCCAGCUCUACGGGACCUCCGCGACCUUAGAGCACCACCAUUUUAACCAUGCCGUGAUGAUCCUUCAGAGUGAGGGUCACAACAUCUUCGCUAAUUUGUCCUCCAAGGACUACAGUGACCUCAUGCAGCUCCUGAAGCAGUCAAUACUAGCCACAGACCUCACACUGUACUUUGAGAGGAGAACUGAGUUCUUUGAGCUUGUCAGUAAAGGAGACUAUGACUGGAGCAUCAAAAGCCACCGUGAUGUGUUUCGAUCAAUGUUAAUGACAGCCUGUGACCUUGGAGCCGUGACUAAACCGUGGGAGAUCUCCAGACAGGUGGCUGAACUUGUAACCAGCGAGUUCUUUGAACAAGGAGACCGGGAGAGGUCGGAACUCAAGCUCACUCCCUCUGCUAUUUUUGACCGGAACCGGAAAGACGAACUGCCUCGGUUGCAAUUAGAGUGGAUUGAUAACAUCUGUAUGCCUUUGUAUCAGGCCUUGGUGAAGGUCAACGCGAAACUGAAGCCGAUGCUGGAUUCCGUGGCUGCCAACCGAAGGAAGUGGGAAGAGCUGCACCAAAAAAGACUACAGCUCUCUGCUGCCUCCCCAGCCCCUGCCGUUCUCGCAGUGGCCUCCGGGGAGGACAGAGUGUAAGCCAGCUAUAGCUGCUGCGCAACCCUGCGGCCUGGGGGGUCCCAGCCUGGAGGGAUCUGCCUCAGCUCAGCUCCAUCACCCUCUUCACUCAGACAGUCCUAGAGCUUUGACUACACCGGGAAGCGCACCGGAAACUGGGCGUGGCAGCACAGGAACAGAAGGAUGGAGGGAGGCAGAGAGCCUGACCCUCGGCUUCUGGUAGUGGAGCCGCACUGCUGGAUGAGGGCAUCAGCCCCACUGGUUCUGAGCUGAGGGGACACCAUGGUAAAAGUGUCACUAUGGCUGCUUCCUACGGCGCUUUUCUGUCAUGAGCACUUUCUUUCUUGGCAGGCUCUCCCUGAGAAGGCUUUUGUGCGAGGGUCCAGAUUUGCAUCCUAGGUGUUUUAUUUCUAGUCCCACUGCUUCUUAGUGAUGCGCCAGACCCUUGGUCUCCUGGCCUGAGGGUAACCUGCUCCCCUGAAUAGAGCCAGCUAACCCCAAUCUUCCCAUUGGGUCCACAGUAGGAACAUAGUAAGUGUGUUUGUCUAGCUGGUGUUUCAAAGGGUCUGUGACCCUGCAGUGAUCGUGGUUCGCCUUUUCAGUCUUUGGAUUCAGCCUUCAUUGUAAACAAAGUCUUUUUUAUGGGACUGCCCACGA